AUGGCAACCGAUAUUUUAUCAAGCGAAAGUCAUCGAGCAGACAACAAUAAAACGGAAAAUCUGGUUUUAAUAUGGAUAGAUCCAUCUGCGAACAGUGAUGAAAAUUUGAAUGCUCAACAAAACUUAACUAGUAUUUAUAAGAAUGUCAAAGCGUUCACCUCAGUUGUCGAUGGUGAAAAUGCUAUUCAACAAUGGACUAGAACUAAUGAAGUUAUUCUUAUUGUUAGUGGAGAAUUUGGCAGAGAGCUAGUUCCUCGAAUUCAUCGGCUAGAACAACUAUUAACUAUUUAUAUCUUUUGUAUAGAACGAGAAAAUCACAUCCAAUGGGCGAAAGAAUAUAGCAAGAUCAAAGCACUUGUUAUUAAAUUGGAUCGGUUUGUUUCAAUAAUUGAAUCUGAUCAUGAGCAACGAAUCAAUAAAAAAGCAGAAGAGUUGAUCGCGGUUCCAAAUCCAUCUUUGAAUUCGGGUUUGUUAAUAAAAUGA